UCAUUUUUUAAAGAAUCCGAACAUGUUUUAAAACAAACACAAUGUAGAAAAUAAAUAACAUUAUGUAACUUUAGCAAGGAAAAGGUUUCAAUGAACUUAUAAUAGAACAAAUAUUAACAACAUAUAAAAGUGAAUACUAAGCUUUAUUGGUGUGAGUAAAAUUACGGAUAUUCGCAAAGUGAUAUUAAUUGAUUUUGCUAAAUUUGUAGAAUAAAUUUCUAAAUUGUUUAUACAAAAUACUAGUGUGAGUUGAACAUUAGAUUAACAAACAAUGUGUUUAUUAAUUGGCAAACGACAAAAGGCAUAUGUAUAAGUUACCUGAUAAGAAUAAACUAGUUUAAAUAUUUGUAUCUGCCAUAUAACACGCAUACCCAAAUCUACAAAUUAUUAAAACAUUGACAAUUUUCUUAACAAUUUGCAUUAUAACAAUAUUGACAAUAGCAAAGAAUAAAAUACUAAAUUCGGAAAGACAUAUGAUAUAUUUACUUCGGUGUGUUUUUGUGUAGAAAGGAGUCAUUAAAAAGCUAAAUUGUAUUAAUUUCUGAAACUAUGAAUGUCACGGAAAAAACUCUUGAAGACUUUAGACAGUACAAUAUAGGGAACUUUCUUUGGAUUUAUGUUUCACCAAUUCUUAUAAUAGUUGGGACAUUUGGGAACAUUCUAUCCAUAUGUGUUCUCCUGCGUCCAAAAUUACGUUGCUCGACAACAAUGUUUUAUCUAACUUGUUUAAGUUUUGGUGAUUUGUUUACACUGUACACUGGAUUGUUACGUUACUGGAUAAGUAAAGCUUUCGAUGUGGACGUGAGACAUUUUUCAAACGCCACUUGCAAGAUUCAUGCGUUCUUAGUGUACUUAUCCCUGGAUUUCACUGUUUGGAUUCUGGUGUCUGUGACAAUAGAUAGAUGUUUGCGGGUGUCCAUGCCAUUCAAAGCUAAGAUUAUAUGCACUCUGAAAAGAUCGCGCUAUGUAAUAGCUGUUAUCUUAUUUUUGCUGGUCAUCAAGAACAUGCAUUUCCUUUGGAACCUUCAACUUGUCGAUACGUCGGAAUGUGAUGCCAAAACGGAAGCAGUCAGUAACCUUUUGAAAUAUGUUUGGCCAUGGAUUGAUUUUUCAACAUUUUGUUUGAUUCCGUUUUCCAUUAUGAUAGCAUGCAAUAUCAAAAUCAUUUACAGAAUCAUCCGUUCUCAAAAGAAGCUGAACAAACACAAAGAUUAUUAUCGGACACCAACUUUAAAACCUAAGCAUGAUAGCCCGUUAUCACAGGAUAAUAGUUCUGAAAAGUCUGUUCAGUCGACGUCCAUGAUGUCACAAAUGACGUCACAUCAGACAUCGCAGCAAACGUCACGUGUCAAAAAACGUUCAUCAGCACGAAGGAUUUCCUCACUGACAGCUAUGUUACUGACUGUUAAUUGUGUUUUCCUUUUAACAACAUCGCCAAUUCAAGCGUUUUUGAUUGGAAAAGAAUAUUGGUAUUCUGAUAAAACACCAGAAGAAAAAAUUGCCUGGUGUAAUUUUUGGCGGGCUGUUGUGAAUAUGUUGCAAUAUACUAACAACGCUGUACAUUUCUUUCUUUACUGUUUGACAGGUCCGAUAUUCCGAAACGAACUGAAGACGAUGCUCCUUGAUAUUGUAAAAGGACAGUCUGGUGGAACAAAAGUUUAAAUGAUAAAUAUUA